GCUUCGCAAAACGUGCACUCUUGUAGAUGUAAGGAUGUGUUUAGUAAACUUCACCUGCACAGUAUUGCAAACAUUUCUCAAAGGUCGUGUUAAAACACUGUAGCAUGCCUAAUAAGCGUGUAAAUGAGUGGAAAUCAACAAGCAGCACACAUUUCAUCAAGUGAAAACUAUAUAGCAUUAGUGCUCCAUGUAAGGUCUCCCAGCUCACUCACAAGCUAGCCCCAGUAUUCCACUAGUCUUAUUGCAUAUCGCACUAGAAGUAAGCAAGAGUAGUCUACAUAGCCUGAGGCUGAUGAUGUCUAGCUUCACUGAUUCCUUGAAGCCCGUUUCCCAACCCCAGUACACCUACAGGAGAGGGUCACUGAAUUUGAAUAGUUUCUCACUUGAAGAGGACUGUGGUCUAAGCUCCUCUCUGCCACUAAAUAUUUCUAAAGAUGACCUUGACAGCUUGGAUACACCCAAGAAAUCAAAGCAAAAAGCACUGCAGCAUCGGUCUGGGACCUUCUCCUCUGGGUCCCAUUCUCCCACACAGCUGUCCGUGUUUGGCCUGGGGGGAUUCCGCCCACGUAGCAUUAGUCUCUACUCUCCUAAGAAGAACUUCCUUGGACUGCCCAAGACAAGAUCACCCUCUGUGAAGAAGUCACCAAAGCAUGGCAGUGAUACUGGUAGAGACUCCAACACUAGUGCCAUCGACGCUGCCUUGGCAACUAUCAGAAAACAGUUGGAACAGCUGUCUGAAGAAGAUCAAAUAAUGGAGGAGAGAGUCAAUAGACUAACAUCAGAGAUCAGUAAACUUGUUGUUUUACGUGAGCGAAAUCCACGACGAAACUAUGGCACUGGGUCGCUGCUCUUCCAACAACUCCCCAAACCGUACAAAGGCUACAAGAGAACACUUUCUGACGAAUCAUGCAGGCAUCAACUAGGGGUGGAGAUUUCAGACAGUCACUAUGGGAAUAUCGUCCUCUCUGAUUUGAAGGAGACAUGGGAAGAACAAACAUUUGAGAAAAGCUGCGAGGAAGAAAUCAAGUGUGUUCCGUUUGAUCUUGCCUGUAUGGAGUUUGACGACCAUCACAAGCAGAAAGGAAACAGUUUAGGUUCAACUGAAUCGAUUGAUUCAUCUGGGUCUCCAUUGAGUGGUGUGUGUGUGGUGAUUGUGACUGAUGCCUCAGGGGAUACUCUGGAGCCAGCCAUGGCGGCCUCGCAGACAUCAGGGUCUAGCCAAGCAGAAGAUGAUGUAUUCCUGUCCUAAUAAAGACAAGCCAUGAUGUGACAACAUGACAUUAAAUAUGUGUGGACAAUUUGACAAUAAAACUGACGAUUAAAUCUUAUCAUUAAUUAAUGUGUAUGAUGAUAUGUCAUUUGAAUGACUCUAAAUUAAUUAAUAAUUCAUGGGGUAUGUGUGUAUGUAUGUUUUCUAUUUC